AUGUCGUCGCGUAAGGACGAGUUAUUGGCCAAGAAGGCUCGCCUUGCAGAGCUACGGCGACAAAGGGAACUGCGCCAGGAACAGUAUACGUCGAGUCGACAGAGCAUUGGGGAGGCCCCUUCUCCUGGCAAAACCGCCGAAGAGCGCAGGUCCGAGAUUGACCACCUCGUCUCCAGCCUAAUCGACCGGCAGAGAGACAGAGACUCGACAGCCUCGCCCAGCAGAAAGGGGAGUCGACCCAGUUCAAUUCAGGGCACCCUUACAGGGCAAAUCAGCCCUCAGCAAGAUGUCGAACCUUCGCCAAGAAGAUUAAUGCAAUCAAUAGCCACGCAGACCGAGAGCUCGGAUACUUCGUUUCCCAUUUCCGUCGAUGCUUCCGCUCAUGAGCCUGCCCCCUCAAAGAAGGAGUAUAUCACAUACACAAAGGGCGUGCAGACAGAACCAUAUCUCGAAGAACCCGCCAAAUCGCAAGAACUUUCCGACGAUGACGACCUAUCAUUGCGACAAAGAAGACGGCUCAGCCGGCGUGAGCAAGAAAGAGACGAAGAAAUUCGGCAAGCGCUGCGCAAGGAAAUUGAGGAAGAAUUGCAAGCAACGCGCAAUCGAGAAUCCAUGAUCUCAAUAUCAACAAGUUCUCAUCACCAGCAGCGCUUUCCCCUGCGCACCCUUACCAAUACUGAACUCAAUGCUGUGGUUGCUUCUCCCGAAUUCGUUUCCUUCGUCGAGCGUUCCUCGAAAGUCAUUGAACGUGCCCUGGAUAUGGACGAUGAGUAUGACUUGCUGGCAGACUAUACUCGCACCUCCGCACUUGACGAUGAUGACGACAACAAUGAUGCUACGCCCUAUUCACGAACUGGCAAAAAGUCCCAUUCUCUACGCGAAUCUUUUCAGCUGUUUUCCGACCGAUACACUCGCAGACGCAUUGUCUCGGAUAUCCAAUUCUCUCCACAUUUUAAUGAACUUCUCUUGUCCUCUUACACCAAGAAUCCGUCUGCCCCUCACGAACCGGCCGGUCUGGUUCUGCUGUGGAAUACACAUGCUCCAUCUCGCCCGGAGUACGUUUUCACAGCGUCGUCCGACGUUCUGUCAGCUCGAUUCUCGCCAUUUCAUCCUAAUCUCGUUAUUGGCGGCUGUUAUUCAGGCCAAAUAUGCUUAUGGGACACUAGAACGUCUGGACGUACGGGGCAGCCAGUCCAGAAAACGCCGCAAUCCGGUUCCCACCUGGGCCACACACAUCCAGUCUACAGCAUAAGCGUUGUAGGAACACCUAAUGCUCAUAAUAUCAUCACUGCCUCAAUGGACGGCGUUGUCUGCUCAUGGUCAGUGGACAUGCUUACACAAGCGCAAGAAUAUCUCGUCCUCAACACCCCACCUCCAGCCAAAACCGACGACCUUGCCCCUACCAGCAUGAGUUUCCCUGCUGCAGAUCCAACCUUUUUCCUCGUCGGCACCGAAGAAGGCACCAUUUACCCAUGCCACCGGUACGAUCGUGCCGGAGCUCAAGCUGGCGUGGACACCCGUGUCGCCUACAAAGGCCACACUGCACCAGUUAUGUCGUCGCAGUUCCACCCUGCACGAGGACCUGUUGAUCUAGGGGAUCUACUUCUCAGUUCUAGCUCCGACUGGUCCGUGAAAUUGUGGCGAGUGAAGCCUGCUGCGAGUUCCAGCACAAGUGCAUCAACUAUAGCAGCAGGCGGCGCAGCUUCGACAGUUGUGAGCCCCAUCCUUAAUCUUGCAAGAGAAGAUCUUGUCUACGAUGCGAAAUGGGCUCCCCAUAAGCCUUCGGUUUUUGCUUGUGUCACAGGCGCGGGGGAGCUGGAGGUGUUUGACCUUAGUUAUGAUUUAGAAGUUCCGAUUGUCAAGGUAAGUCCCACAAGAGGGAAGAACGGAGUGGUCCCGUUCAAGGGGCUGAACAAGGUGGCCUGGGAGGAAAAGCGAGGGAGCCACAUGGCUGUUGGUGGACUCGAUGGCGUUGUGACAGUGUUUGACGUCGGGAAGGGAUUGCAGUGUGGGAAUGGUGAGGCUAGCAUGGAUGAAUGGGUAGGCAUGAAGAGGUUAGUGACAAAGCUUGAGGGGGGGAAGUGA